CUGUGGAAUUGCAAGGUUGCAAUGUUCGGUCUGGCAACACAGAUCAUUUGACAGUGUUAGUUCGUUGCUUGCCUGCACUGCGCACCUGCACCUCACCAGGCCAAUCGCGAAACAAUAUUUCAUUCAAUGAUCUUGACUUCGAAAACCCCUUGAAAUGGCCAAUGUCAACGAUUUCGAUUUCUUCCUGUUGACGCCCAGUGACUUUGGGGAAGUGACAGAGAUUUUGGCGAAGGAAUACUUCACUAGGGAGCCGCUGACCCUGGGCACCCAACCCAAAAACAUCCAGCCGGCAGAGGGCAGGAUAGGAGCAGACAUCCGGAAGUGUCUCGAGUCAGGAGCGUCUAUGGGCUUGAGACACAGACCCACGGGUGAGUUGGUUGGCGUAAGUGCGUGCCUGUUCGAGUCGCGAGCAGAAACUUUGACGCCCACCCAGCCGGCGAAUGAACUAACUCUCUUCUACCGUAUGUACGACGAAGUAAUGAAAGGUGUCGAGGUCUUUGAAGAAAAGGAAGUAAACAAAGUCCUAUCUAUUUAUAUGCUUGGAGUUCACAAAGACUUCGGGGGGCGUGGUUUUGGCAGGAAACUAGUGGAGCUUUGUGUCGCUAAAGGCGUGGAAAGGGGUUGCCAGAAGUCGGUCGUCUGCGUCACGAACAAAUUCUCUUACAAAAUCUUCGCCAAGCUAGGUUACGAGGUGCGUCACUGCUUUGACCUGACCUCCCUCGGGCCGGACUGGGGCGUCGACACCUCGCUCAUGAACGGGAACACCAUAGUCAGCGUCAUGGCCAUGCGGUUGUCCUAAAGGUGGAGAAGAAUGGAGUGUUAACUGUUUUUAAAACGUCCCUUGUUUAUAAAGAACUGUGUCUCAAUAUAGAAAAAAUAUGGUAUUCUUAAAUGGCAUAUCUAUUACACAACAAUAUCAUGAGAAUUCUUAUAUUUUAGGCAGUAAAUGAAUUAUUUUGUCUGUUUACUUCUUGAGAUUAUUGCUCUUCCCCGAGGAAUAUUUCCUAUAACAAACAUAAUUUUCCCAUUCAAAAAUCAGGCAAAUGAUGGUCAUAUUUUUUAUGUUUUUAGCCUAAUAGCGAGUGAAAGGUUAAACAGUCUAGAUGAUACGUAAUAAAGCAUGCCCUAAUCUUGGAAACUCAGAGAAAAAGUGGCCAUAUGCAAAGCGGGGCGAUUUUCAUAUUGUGGUAAUAAUGUGUAAUUCUAUAUGUGUUGUCUCAUCAGAAGUUUCUUUGUCACAGUAAACUCAUUAUCUCUCUGCAUUCAUUUCUCAGUAUGCAGUAUCAAAGAGUCACCCAGUUGUAUACAUCAGCAUCAGUAUUUGUGGACUAGAAUCAGUAUUGUUGAUCAUGCAAUUAUAUGAAAGGAAAUUCGAAGGAAAAAUAGAUACAUGUUUUUAACAGUGAAACCCACAUUCGGUGAUGUAAGUGAAUCGGAAUUUCAGAUGCCAGACCUAAAAUUAAUGUGUUUUUCACUAAACAGACAUAUCUACUGUAUAAAAUAUGCGGACAAGAGUGAACAUAUCCUGAGCCCCGGAGCAAAUACUCCCUUGAGCACGCACCCCAGCUGAUAAUAAUAAACUCACGUAAUGCACACAAUGAGUUAUUUCAAAACAAUUGCACAUAAAGAAAACAGAGAUCCUACUGAUAGUCAGGUAUAAAGACUGGUAUCGAGUACAAGGUGUCAUUGAACUAUAUGUAUGUUAAGAU